AGUCUGUUUCCCCUUUUUGUUGUUUUAUUCCAGUACCAGAGGACUCACCAUGUGGCUAAAAGGUUUUAUAAGUAACCUUGUCAACAUGAAACUUGUGAAGACCUGUAUCAUCCUUCUCCUUCUGACUGUGUUGUUCUUAACACUAAGAAACAUGGCCCUGCUGCAGAUUAAAUUUGAAGAAAACUCUAUCAUCUUCCUCAAGAAAGUGACCUCUGCUCCUUCCACUGGUCCUGUGUUGGCUCCUUACAUGCCUGACAACUUCUGCACCUUCAAGCCACUGUCUUCUGCAGAUGCUAAAGAGGAACGUCUCAUAUUGGACUCCAUUGCUUGGCCUGAAACUCCUCCUCUGCCAGUUCCUUUUUCAUUGAAUCAGACAAGUCAUGCCGCCCACAGCACCUUCAUCAUUCUCCCAGGGGGGGUUGGAGACGAGCGGCAUGUAGGAGACCAGCUGGAAGUUAUGAUAAAAAUGUACGACUUCCAAGGUAACCCCAAAAAGUCUGGAGGAGAUGCAAUUGUUGCCCGUUUGCACAACAGGGCACUUGAAGCAGGUGUGGCUGGACGAGUGGUGGAUCACCUUAAUGGCUCCUACUCUGCUGUAUUCCCUUUACUCUGGGAAGGAAGUGCACAGGUUGAGGUGACCCUUGUCCACUCAAGUGAGGCUGUCACAGUUCUACGCAGGCUAAACAGAGAUCAUCCUGAUAGGGUUCGCUUCACAAGCGUCUUCCGCUCAGGCUCAAUCUCUGAAUCUACCAUCUGUAAUGUUUGCCUGCGCCAAACCAACCAGCCACAGUGCAACUACACUGACCUCCAUACAGGUGACCCGUGGUUCUGCUACAAGCCAAAGAAACUGAGCUGUGAUACCAGGAUGAACCACAUGAAAACAGGAUAUAAUAAUGUACUCAAGACCGAAGAGUUGAAGCUCUUUCAAAGGAAUGUCAACCUGAAAGUCUUCAUUCCGGCUUCAGGACCUGCCAGUGUCACUGUGUUGCCACGAAGGAAAGGGCGACCUGCAGUCAAUCAAGACAGUGGGAAGUCUGGACUCUCUGGGUAUUACUACCAGGGUGUGUGGAGAUCACUAGGUGGCUUUAACGUUCACCAAUUCAACAACGACUCUGCAAUCAGCCAGUGUUUGAAAGGCAAGGUGGUCCACAUGUAUGGAGACUCAACCAUCAGGCAGUGGUUUGAGUACCUCAACGCUUCGCUUCCAGAGGCUAAGGCAGUAAACCUGAACAGUCCGAUGCAAGCAGGACCUUACAUGAUAUGGGAAAAUGCAAACAAAAUCAUGGUAACGUACCGCAUCCAUGGUCUUCCUCUUCGGAUUUCAAUAAUACCAACCAGUAAGGAGUGUUACGUUUCCAAAGAACUUGAUACGCUGGUUGGUGGUACCAACACAGUUGUAGUUUUAGGAAUCUGGGCCCAUUUCAGCACUUUUCCAAUUGAACUUUACAUCAGACGGCUUCAGAGCAUCCGCAGGGCAGUGGUCCGUCUGUUGAAUAGGGCUCCUGGCACACUGGUGGUCAUUAGAACUGGGACCCUCCAAGCUAUGCACGUUGGUAAUGUGAUAAGCAACGGUGACUGGUUCUCGUUUCAGGUGGACAAGGUGCUCAGAGCCAUGUUCAAAGGACUUAAUGUCCAACUGGUGGAUGCAUGGGAUAUGGUUCUUGCUCACCACUUGCCGCACAACAUUCAUCCAAAACGUCCCAUCAUUAAGAAUAUGGUUGAUGUUCUAUUGUCCUACAUAUGCCCACAAAAGAAGAGAUAGCUGUUAAUUUCAUGAAGGAAUUUUAACAAUUCAGGAAAAAUGCAGCUCUUGUUGGUAAAACUGAAACUGAAGCAGUUUUUCUGCUUCUUGUGUGUUUCUAUCAAAUGAUUUAUUUUUCCUAAAGCAGACCAUACAGACAAAGCAAGUACAACUUUGAUCCAUCUUUUUAACAGAGAAUUGUGAGUAAAAAAAAACGAGCGCAAACCGGAUUGCAAUCAGUUUGAAGUCAAAUAGCUCUAAUAAACACAGGCGUGUGAAGAUUCACACUAAAAAACCACACAGCUCAUUGAGCUAGGUACUUAGUUUGAUGAAAACAUUCCUGGAGUUGUAGGAAAAUACUAGGGAUAAUUAUGAGAAUUGCUUAGUGGCCAAUGUCAGAUGUAUUAAAUGGAAAUUUAAAGAUGUCUGAGCUCAAGUCUAAAUUUACCAUACCACAAUAAGCUAAAUUUACCAUUUAGUCCAUUUACUCUAUAGAAUUGUAUGAGAUUGUUACUAUCUACCCAUUAAUGGCUAACUAGUAAUUAAUUCCCCAUUAACUAUGCAACAAUUUGUGUAGUUACAUUAUCUGUUAAAUUAUAAUUAGCUACUCUAGAACAUGUAAUGAAGAAGUACUCACUAUCUACCCAUUACUAAAUACCAUGACAUGAAUUUCUUCACCCAAUUAACAUGAAAACUAAAAUUAUAUAUAAAAUCCAUUAUGCCAUCCAACCUUUGGCUGCUCAAUUGAAAAAGAAAAAAGUCAGGAGAAUACCUCGGCUUGUGAGGGAGCGUCUCCUAUUCACCUUAACAAUCAUGUAACUAUCUUAUUAACCAUUAAGUUGACAAUUUUUUUAUUCGAUGUGUUAAUCAGCUAACGUAUGGAUCCACUGUAGUUAAAUAAUUCAUGAGCUUAAUUUAUUAUGUGAGAAAAUGUUUUGUUGCUUUGAUUAUUAAUCAUGUCCUCUCUGAGGUAACAUUUCUGUUGACAAAGAAGCAUAGCAUGUUUCCUUGAUGUCUGAUGAUAUAGUUAGGUCAUUUUUAUGAUUUAAUUCAGUAAAUAUCCUACAUAUGGGACUUUUAAACUUGAUCUUAUCCUGAAUAGUUGGAUAAUGGACUUUUUACCAAUAGGUGGCAGUGCGUGACAGUAAAUGUUGUUCUUUCUAUCCUGAUCUUUUCUUCCACCAGCUCGUUGUCUGUUAGCCCUUCUGUACAUUAUGUACACUAAUGAGUGUUGCAGCAUUUGUGUGCGUGUGCUGUUGUAUGUGUACAUAUUUUAUAUUUUAUAUGCUGCAGCUGGAUUAUUGACAAUAAAGAUCAAUCAAUCUAUCAAAAACAGA